AUGGCGAGUGUCUCCAAUAACUCAGCCAUAACAUACUACAUUAAAUUUGCUGAUUAUAAAUCUUAUAUUAUGAUAACAGGAGUGAUGGGGAAUGUGGAGCAAAUCAGAAGCAACCGAUGCAUCGAAUUUCCAAUUAAAUCAAAAACUGGUUUGUGUGUUCUCAAAGAUUGUGAGUCUUUUUGUAAGAAGAAGGGUAAAGGAUUAGAGGGUAUGUGCCCAACGUUUGCCAAACAAAAAGACCCUAAACAUUGCUACUGUUGUGGUCCAUGGCCUCCACUUUAA